CCCGGGCCCCGCAUCUUAUCUUGCCCAAACCGUCAUUUUUCAAGAGAGCCCUUUCCACAAUAUUCAGCCUUGGAAGUAGAUGAAAUACAUAAUCUGCCUAUAGACGUGGGCAAAGGCACAGGAACGGCUCUAGCAACAUUUCAAUCCCGCUGUCAAUCUCCUUACAAAAGUACCCAGUCUCGCACAGCAACCCAGCUUCCCAGGUAACGCCUCAUCACAAAGAUACCACCAGCGCGAUGGAGACCACGAUGGCGUCCAACGACCAGGCUCAAGUCUUCCAAGGCUCCAUGAUCUUCUCAGAGACGCCUGAAAAGCUAGCAAUGCACGAAAAUGCAACCCUAGUAGUCACCAACGGAACCAUCACGGCAUUCCAUGCCAUGACCCCAGACUCAAUCACCAUACCUCCAGGGGCCCGAGUCCACCGCCUCCCGCCAGGCGACUUCCUCAUGCCGGGCUUCGUCGACACCCACAACCACGCGCCGCAGUGGCCCAUGCGCGGCCUCGGCCAGGGCCUGCACAUCCUCGACUGGCUCUCCGAGGUGACCUUCCCCUUCGAGGCCCGCUUCGCCGACGCCGCCUACGCCGCCGACCAGUACCGCCGGACCGUGUCCGACUUUCUCCGCCAGGGCAUCACCACCGCCUCGUACUACGCCUCGCGCCACGAGGCCGCCACCAGGAUCCUGGCCGACGAGUGCCACCGCCAGGGCCAGCGCGCCCUCGUCGGCAAGUGCAACAUGGACGCGCGCUCGCCCGACUUUCUGCGCGACGAGAGCGCCGAGCACUCCCUCCGCGAGACCGAGGCCUGCGUCGCCCACAUCCGGGGCCUCGACGGCUGCGCGGCGGCCCACGGCGACGCGGCCCUCGUUCGCCCCGUCUUGACCCCGCGCUUUGCCAUCUCGUGCACGCCCGACCUGCUCCGCGGCCUGGGCGACAUGGCCAAGCGCGAGAACCUGCCGGUGCAGACGCACUUCAACGAGGCCCGGCAGGAGGUUGACGCAACGCGCGACCUCUUCCCCGAGUUCAAGGGGAGCGAGGCCGAUCUGUACGAGCACUUUGGGCUGCUUGGGAGCCAGUCCAUCCUCGCGCACUGCACCGUCAUGAACGACUAUGAGACGAAACGGAUCCGGGAACUCGACUGCGGUGUCGCGCAUUGCCCCGUCGCCAACAUGACGGUGCGUGGCGGGUUUAUGGCCGCGCCGAUUCGGGACUUUCUGAGGCGGGGCAUCAAAGUCGGCCUGGGGACUGAUAGCGGCGGCGGCUGGUCCAACUCGAUGCUGGUCGUGAUGCGGCUGGCCAUGAUUACCAGUAAUGCGCGGGAGGUGUUGACAGAAGGGAAGGACAAGGCCAUUUCGCUGGAAGAGGUCCUUUACCUGGCUACAAUGGGCGGAGCUAGGGUCUGUGGCCUGGAAAAACGUAUUGGAAUCUUCAAGGUCGGCAAGGAGUUUGAUGCAAUUUGGGCAACCGCAGCUCCUGCAAGGGGUGUUCAAUCGGCCAUGACACCAAUGGAGGAGGAUGAUGGGCUGAGGAGGUUGUUUGAAAAGUUUAUCAUGACUGGCGACGAUCGCAACAUCUUGCGUGUAUACGUGCGAGGCAGACAGGUGGCUGGCCAAGAGUAGGCUAAUAUCAGCCUUCGUUCUGAUGUCUUUGGUUAGUAUACAUGUUGACACAUCUGCUUUCCAGAUGGAUACGAAUUUGAUGCCAAAAAGGGGCUAUUGGUUUUGUUGUUAACCUACCCAGUGUCCGGGACAUGCUGAAACCAUCUUGGAGGAGGACUUGACCUUGACCUAUCCCCUCGCAAUGGACAUAUUCCGACGAUAUUACGAAAUUCUAGUCGAGGUCGUGAUGCUUUGAUGUUGAGGGAAAACGACACUUUGUAGAUGUCAAGAUAUGUAGAUAGUGGCAUGAACGGGUAGGUUGUCAGAUGGGCGCAAAAGCAAGUUGCAAUGUGUAACUAGCAGAUAGGGUAGAUGUUACGGGGGCUGGUGCGUCGGUCAGCAAAGUAAUGUCGUAUUUGGUCAGCUCAUGAUAAAGUUAGGCCCUAGAUAAUUAUAUUAAGCAAGAAACAUUAAAGCAAAUAAAUCCCAAGAAUCUUAAAGCCGG